GAGACCCCCAGAAGUUCCCCCGGCCCUCAGCUUCAGCCGGGAGUUUGGGCCUUUUCUUGUGUCCGGUUUGUUAAAGGCAUGCCGGCUGCAGCAUUCAAGAGGGCCAUUCCUUAACAAAGGGAAAGAGAUAGAUGUAAAUAAGCUCACAUUUUCAGAAUGAGCGGUUUGCUGUAAGAAGCUGCGGCAGCCCAGAGUCUGCUACUUUGGGCUGGGCUAACCUUUCCCUGUUAAAAAAAAAAAAAUAAUGGAUUAAAAUACGCACUUUUAAAGUGCGAGUUGCCCUUUCACAUGUUUAUUAGCUAAUUUUCUACAGGCAUGAACACACUCAUCUAGCACACUCUUUCUUGGGAUGAAAAGUUUACACCCCUGCUAAAAAGGAUGAGUUCAGCUGAUAAACUUGAUGGCGUCUUCACUCUAAAGCAUCUCCUGCCAAUCAGAGAUGCGAAUGAAAGCCCUAUUGGAACAAUCAGACCAGCCUUUCAGAAUGUGUACUCUCUGAAUAUUGCUCUCUGGAGGGGUGUGAAAACCAAUUCUCCUCAAUAUUAAGAAUCCAUUGGAAGAAAUCCCUAACUACAGUACCUCCAGAAAGUUCAUUGAUUACCCAAGUCUGAGAUAAAAUUGGUGCCAGAAUUUGGUUUAAACUAAUGCGGACCAAAAGUUUAACACCGCUUCCUCCAAGAGUCCCAAAGACCCCAAACAAGGAGGAAAACAUUUCCUACUAGUCCCUAGUCUGAGAGUGGUGAACCCUGCAGCCAGCAGGCCUCCUGAAAAAAAAAACCCAUGGGUGACAGAAGAUUCAUUGACUUCCAAUUCCAAGAUUUAAAUUCAAGCCUCAGACCCAGGUUGGGCAAUGCUACUGCCAAUAAUACUUGCAUUGUUGAUGAUUCCUUCAAGUACAAUCUGAAUGGUGCUGUCUACAGUGUUGUAUUCAUCCUGGGUCUGAUAACCAACAGUGCUUCUCUGUUUGUCUUCUGCUUCCGCAUGAAAAUGAGAAGUGAGACAGCUAUUUUCAUCACCAAUCUGGCCCUCUCCGAUUUGCUCUUUGUCUGCACUCUACCUUUCAAAAUAUUUUACAAUUUCAACCGCCACUGGCCUUUUGGUGACACUCUCUGCAAGAUCUCUGGGACUGCAUUUCUUACCAACAUCUAUGGGAGCAUGCUCUUCCUCACCUGUAUUAGUGUGGAUCGUUUCCUGGCCAUUGUCUAUCCCUUCCGAUCUCGUACCAUUAGGACCAGGAGGAAUUCUGCCAUUGUGUGUGCUGGAGUCUGGAUCCUAGUCCUCAGUGGUGGUAUUUCCGCUUCUUUGUUCUCAACCACUAAUGUCAACAAUGCAACCACCACCUGCUUUGAGGGCUUCUCCAAACGUGUCUGGAAGACUUACCUGUCCAAGAUCACCAUAUUUAUUGAAGUCGUUGGGUUCAUCAUUCCUCUGAUAUUGAAUGUCUCUUGCUCUUCUGUGGUGCUAAGAACCCUGCGCAAGCCUGCUACGCUGUCUCAAAUUGGGACCAAUAAGAAAAAAGUGCUGAAGAUGAUCACAGUGCAUAUGGCAGUCUUUGUGGUCUGUUUUGUCCCCUAUAACUCCGUUCUCUUCCUAUAUGCCCUGGUGCGCUCCCAAGCCAUUACCAAUUGCUUUUUGGAAAGAUUUGCUAAGAUUAUGUACCCAAUCACCUUGUGCCUUGCAACUCUUAACUGUUGCUUUGACCCUUUCAUCUAUUACUUUACCCUUGAGUCCUUUCAGAAGUCCUUCUACAUUAAUACGCAUAUCAGGAUGGAGUCCCUGUUUAAGACUGAAACACCUCUGACCACAAAACCUUCCCUUCCAGCUAUUCAAGAGGAGGUUAGUGAUCAAACAACACAUAACGGUGGUGAGUUGAUGUUGGAAUCCACCUUCUAGGUACGAGAACUGUCUUUAGGUCCAAAUAUGUUUUCUCCUAUGAUUAUUUUCCUAUGCUAUGAAUAAGAGGAAAGAUUUGAAGCUAAUGAUACUGAGAAUAGAUUAAUGUAAUGAAAUACAGUCAGAUACAUUUAUUUGAACAUUUACUGUACAUAUGCUGUUUUGUUCAAUAAUUAUAGGUCAAGACUAAUUACAACAACCAAAAGUAGUUGUCAGACUCUUCCUCUGGUUUGAAAUUUCAUUGUAUCGCAUUAUGUAAGUGGCCAGUGGCCUUGACUUCGGUGAUAUGGAGAUUGCUUUCUAACUUUUAAAAAGAUAUUUCCAUUC